GCUCGAGCUCGCCACCAUGGAGCUGGGCAUGUCGGUGCUCGCUCUGGUGCGACUUGGCAGCCUCUCACCGGAUUCAGACAGCUGCACAUGUCGGACAUGUGGUAGUGGUUGGCACAGGCGCUCGCAAGCGAGAAAGUGGCUCCGUCUCUGUUCUUCUGCGCAGCGGCUCGGAGAAGAGGGAAAGGUCUCUGUAUUUCCUCUGAAAGAGAGGGGGGAGGAAAUGGACAAAGCGCUGAAGAAAGUUGCGAGCUUUUCCAUACCCAAGAAAGCCAAAGAGGAGAUCUCCUCCAUCGGCGAAGAUCUCUCUCGCUUUUCGAGCACUGUGGAGGAGAAGGCCAAGUGGAUCUUUGAAAAGCUGAAAGGCAAACCAUCGAAAUCUCUACCAGAUCUCCUCCGUGAAUAUGGGCUACCACAAGGCCUCUUUCCCAGGAACAUCAUCUGCUACGAGUUUGACGAAUCAAAGUCAAAGUUGAUUGUUCACCUUCCUUCCACCUGUGAGAUCAGCUUCAAAGAUUCUUCUGUGUUAAGGUAUGCGACUCGGGUCAAGGCGACCUUGUCAAGAGGAAAGUUGUCCGGAAUAGAGGGCAUGAAGACGAAAGUCCUGGUCUGGGUCAAAGUUACCCAGGUGAGCCUAGAAAGCUACAAGUCCGACAAGGUCUGCUUCAUGGCUGGUGUGAAGAAACUAAGACCCAAGGAUGCGUAUGACAUGCCUCGCGAUUCUAUCACCGUAGAGGAGUUUUGAUGUGGCUGCAGAUCAUCCUAUGAUUCUUGAUUUAUGAUGUUGGAGGACAUGUUUGUCAUCAUUUACCCAUUGCAAUGGCUGCAAGUAAAACAUAAUUGUUUGACCUUAUCAAAGGAUGCAUAGUUUCAGAUUGUGGACUUCUGUUUGGUUGA